AUGUCACCAACCAGUGACACCCAAGCUCCUCCUCUCCCUGCAGAUCUUAUACAUAUCAGAAAAUCAACAAGAAUUCACCAGCCACCUAUUCAUCUACAAGAUUACUACUGUGGUACAGUCCGUUCAAUUCAAAAAUCGUCCCAGGAUUCAGCUUCAACUAGUUGCUCCUCAAAGGCAGGUUAUAGCAUUACCCUUGCCACACAAGCCGUUAUUUCCUGGAUUUUAUAUGCCUAUAUAGGUGACGGUAUAGCUGCUUAUGGUAUAAGUUCUGUCGGAUGUACUGAUAAUUUACUUAAAAAUAAUUCUAGAGAUCCAAAAUUGUUAGAAGCUUUAGUAGAGAGUAGAAAAGGGCAAGCUCCUUAUGCUGGUGCUUUCCUACUUAAAGAUGAGGCAGUAUAUGAGGAUACAGAUGAAAAAAAGAUAUACGAUCUCAAAGGAAAAGAGUUAUAUAAUCGCCUUCAUGAAGUUGGUAUACUGGCGCAGAUUACAAGAAUCCAAGGAGAUCGGGUGAUUCUUAUUGGUCACAGGAAACCUUGUUCAGGCUAUCAUCAACUAAAGAAGAUGACUGGCAACAAAAUAUUUGCAGCUGAAGAAGCUGCAAAUGAUAUAAGUCAAAUUUCCUCAAGUACGAAAGAAAAGUGGGAGAAGCAUGCCGAGGCCUGGAGAGCAGUGGUCGGAGACUCUGCGGAGGCCUUAUUAGUGGAGAAAAUUAGGGUGGAGCAGCAACGUUUGGGUGUGGAUGAGAGUGAUUGGUGGGAAAUGAAAGAGAAAGGCAAGAAGAGGAGGAAUGGGAGGAGAAAGAGAGGACUUGACAGUUGGCCUCAGUACUAA